AUCGCUGCUGAUGUACGACAGAGUACCUCUAUGUCACCGUAUUCCACCAUCGGAAGCCAUCUAUAUCCAUCCGAUCAGGAGCAAUAAACUAACCUGACCAACAGCGACACUAACACGUACUCCUCACGGCCAGAAAGAGGGGAAGUAUCAGAGUACCGGUAACGGAACUUUAUCCACCCCUCCCAAAGUCCCAACCCCUCACCUAUAUAAGUCACACCACCACCACCACCACCAUCCCAUCUCCGUCCUUCCAAACCACCCCCGAACCCACAGAAUCAGCACAUAUAAUCAACAUGCUCGGCAAAAUCAUCCUCGAAGAAGCCUUCGCCCUGCCGCGCUUCGAAGAAAAGACGCGCUGGUGGGCGAGCCUCUUCUCCACCGACCCGGACACCCACGUCAAGGAGAUCACCGACAUCACCAAGCUGCGCCUCGAGUACGCCGACAAGCACGGCGUCGGCUACCAGAUCCUGUCGUAUACGGCCCCGGGCGUGCAGGAUAUCUGGAACCCCGUGGAGGCGCAGGCCCUGGCCGUCGAGAUCAACGAUUAUAUUGCGGAGCAGAUUAAGGAUGUGCCCGAUCGGCUGGGGGCGUUUGCAACCCUCUCCAUGCACUCCCCCGCCGAAGCCUCCGCCGAACUCCGCCGCUGCAUCACCAAACACGGCUUCAAGGGCGCGCUCAUCAACGACACGCAACGCAGUGGCCCCGACGGCGACGACAUGAUCUUCUACGACCAACCCCAAUGGGACCCCUUCUGGGAGACCGUCACCUCCCUGAAUGUGCCCAUCUACCUACACCCGCGCAACCCCACCGGCACAAUCUACGCCAAACUCUGGGCGGACCGACCAUGGCUCGUCGGGCCGCCGCUCUCCUUCGCGCAGGGCGUCAGCCUGCACGUCCUGGGCAUGGUCACGAACGGGGUUUUCGACCGCCACCCCACGCUCCAGGUCAUCCUAGGGCAUCUGGGCGAACACAUCCCCUUCGACAUGUGGCGGAUCAACCACUGGUUCGAGGACCGCAAGAAACAUCUCGGGCUCCAGGAGACGUGUAAGCGCACCAUUAGGGACUAUUUUCGGGACAAUUUGUGGAUUACCACCAGCGGGCACUUUUCGAGCGAGACGCUCAGGUUUUGUGUGAGGGAGGUCGGGUGGGAGAGGAUUCUGUUUAGUGUGGAUUAUCCGUUUGAGACGUUUGGGGAUGCGUGUGGGUGGUGGGAUGGGGAGGAGUUGGGGGCGGAUGUGGUGAGGGCGAUUGGGAGGGAUAAUGCGAAGAGGCUGUUUCGGUUGGAGGGGUUUAGGGAUUGUGAUGCUUGAUGCUUGGUUUGGUGGGUGGGUGUUUGGGUUGGUGGUACUAUAGGAUGAGGAGAUGUUUGAAUUGUUGGAUUGUAUGUAUAUCACAUGUCUACGUAGGUGUCUGCACGCCUUCCUUCUAGCCAAGUGGUUUUCUUGCACGGGUAUUCGGUAUUUGAUAUUUAGUAUCCCUAUGGGACGAGUGUUCAGUAUACCAGGUCCCAAACCCCUCCUUGUCUAUCUACUAAGUUUAAUGUACUACAAUGUCAUAGGAUC